AUGGCUUCUAACUAUGAAUACUCAUUCUUUCGCAUCUCGAAGAUUGAUGGUAUUGACGCCUCUGCUCAAAAGUACCGAGAAUUACGCCUUCAAGCAUUAAAAACCUCACCUGGCUCUUUCUCCUCAACCUACGAGAUCGAAGCAGCUUUCAACCACACCGAUUGGGUUAAUCGCCUAACAAUCCCUGGUCGCGAAGUCUUCAUUUGCGCCGCCACGCCAACCGACCAAGAUGCUUCACGCCCCAGUGAUAUCCAAUGGGUCGGCCAAGUUACUCUUCGAGGGCCUGCAUCCAGUGCUGAUUUCGAAUUACCAGCGGAAGCUGGUCAGCCACCCCAGAGGCCCGACGAUGAGGAAGAAAGAUGGCAGAUGCUGAGCUUGUUUACUCUCCCGGACCAUCGCGGUCGUGGACUUGGGGGCAAACUUUGCCAGGCUUCCAUUGAUUAUCUUCGGUCUUAUAAGUCAUUUCCGAGGACUGUUCAAGUCCGACUCAUUGUAAAGGCGGGUAAUGACGUUACUGUGGCGUUGUAUCAGCGUCUUGGAUUUAUACACGCUGGAAAGGCGACUCUUGUUGAAGCUCUUAUUGCAAAUGGGGAUGAACACCUUAUUUCGAAGGAUGGGAAUGAGACGAUUCACACGGUGCGGCAGGGCUUGAUUAUGCUAUCACGGGUAUUACGUUCUUAG